AUGGCAAUUGAGCAAGAUGAAGAAGUGUGUGUUGGUUUAUCAAAAGUUGCGGUAUCGGAAACUCACGGCGAGGACUCACCGUAUUUCGCGGGGUGGAGAGCAUACGAUCAAAACCCUUAUCAUGAACUUUCUAAUCCUUCUGGAGUUAUACAGAUGGGGCUUGCUGAAAAUCAGGUUUCGUUUGACUUGAUCGAACGAUACCUGGAAAAACAUUCGCAGACGAUGAACACGACAGGAUUUAGAGAGAAUGCACUUUUUCAAGAUUAUCAUGGCUUAAAAUCUUUCAGACAGAUAGUAGUAAGUAAUAUAUUGCAUGAAAUUAAAAGUACAAAUAUAAAUAUUUUGCAGGCAAUGGCAAGUUUCAUGGAGCAAAUAAGAGGAGGGAGAGCGAAAUUCGACCCCGAUAGAAUCGUGAUUACAGCUGGCGCGACGGCAGCAAACGAACUACUAACGUUCAUUCUUGCCGAUCCGGGAGAUGCUUUACUCGUUCCAACUCCCUAUUAUCCAGGAUUUGACAGAGAUUUGAGGUGGAGAACAGGCGUAAAAAUCGUACCGGUCCACUGCGACAGCUCAAACAAUUUCGAAAUAACUCCACAAGCACUCGAAUCAGCUUACGAAGAAGCAAAAUCGAACAACGUAAAAAUUAGUGGACUGCUAAUAACAAAUCCAUCAAAUCCAUUAGGAGCCACAAUCCAAAGAUCCGUCCUCGAAAAUAUUCUCGAUUUCGUCACCCGUAAAAACAUCCACCUCAUCUCCGACGAGAUCUACUCGGGCUCGUCCUUUUCCCCCGACGAGUUCGUAAGCGUGGCCGAAAUCCUCGAUUCGAGAAACCACAAAGAGUCUCAAAGGGUCCACAUAGUUUACAGUUUAUCGAAGGAUCUAGGGUUACCGGGUUUUAGGGUUGGGACUAUAUACUCGUACAACGACGCGGUGGUCACCACCGCGAGGCGAAUGUCGAGCUUCACGUUAAUCUCGUCGCAAACGCAGCAGCUUCUGUCGCUAAUGCUCUCCGACGGGGAUUUCACGGAGAACUACGUGAGGGUUAACCGAGAUCGGCUGAAGAAGCGGUACGGAAUGAUUGUCGAGGGUUUGCGAAACGCCGGGAUCGAGUGCUUGAGCGGCGGGAACGCGGGGUUGUUUUGCUGGAUGGAUUUGAAGGGUUUGUUGGGUGACUCUCCGACAAAGGAAGGUGAGUUGAGUUUGUGGAAAUUAAUGUUGGAAGAAGUGAAGGUGAAUAUUUCUCCGGGGUAUUCUUGUCAUUGUUCCGAGCCUGGUUGGUUUAGGGUUUGCUUUGCUAAUAUGAGUGAAGAGACUCUUCAAGUUGCUAUUAGAAGGAUACAUGAUUUUAUGGUGAGAAGAAGAAAUUGACGUGUUAUCCUUUUAUUUUAUUGUUAUUACUUUUUU